CGAAGACUUCCCCACACUAUGCUGAUUCAAUAUCUGGAAACAAGCUAGCCUUAUUUGAAAGCGAACGAAACUAAGCAAUUGAUUUAAACGUAUAAGCUAACUAGACUGUCUCGUUAUCUAAUAUUUUCAAGGAUGUACACUGAACCUUCUCCGGUUUGUAAACUUUUUUUAGAGGAUAUUUCAAAGAUCAUCAAGUUGUCAUAAUCCACUUAGGCUAACAUAUAUUAUAUGACCCACAACUUGUUUGUAUUGACCAAUAUAUCACCUUGUCGUUUUGUACUAUUUUGGAUAUUUUACGUAAUGAUGUGGGGUUGCCAUAUACCGUAACAAGAUUUAUUAUUAUAAUAUUACACUGAGUUAUUCGAUUGAACGUAGUUAAAGACGCAUUCCGAUGCGAGUUGCUGAUCAGCAUUCUCGAUGUAUUAAUAAUCGAUCUCAUCCACGUUCCUGUACUUCAGAAUGCAGACAACGUGACAAGGAUUUGGAAGAAGCUCGUUCACGUGCCACUCAACUUGAAAAAACAAUGAGAUGGUGGUCAGAUUGUACAGCUAGCUGGAGAGAAAAAUGGGCAUCAUUACGUGACGAGAGAAAUUAUCUACGAGAGAAAUUGAGUUCAACACAAAAGUCUUUAGAUAAUGCAACGGAAAUUAUAGAGACGUUAAAAUUGGAAAAACAACAAUUACUUGAAGAUUUUUAUUCAUCGAAUAAUCAACUUCAUAAAUAUAACUCUAUUUCAACUAUGAAAUCUACCAUUAAUCCAAUUUGUUCAAUGAAACAAGAAACUAGUCAGUCAGGAAUAACAGAAUCGAUUGCAGAUCAAGAUAUGUGCGCUAUUGAAAAACGGAACAGAUCGAAAGAUAUUGGAAGUCAGUCAACUGUAUUUUUAAAUAAUAAUCAACAUACAAGAACACAAUUGUUAGAAUUGUCUUCAACAAUCCGUUGGUGGAAGAAUCAAUGUAUGAAUCUAGAACAGGAGAUUCGCCAUCUGUUUGAAUUGAAUACUAAACAUUGGUCAAAGUGUAAAAUUUUAUCACAUAAAAAUUUUCUACUUUUGCAAGAAAAUGAUCUUUUAAAAAAAGAAAUUUCUAAUUUAUGGUGUAUUCGAGAUAAUCAACAUGAUGAACGCACUGAUCCAAUUUCUUGUACAAAUAAUUAUGGACCACAAGCAUCAAAUGAAAACAUUGAGUGUGGUACAUGCAAACAAAAUAUUGAAAAUAGAGAAACAUCAGUCGAAGAUUUACUAUUACAAUUAUCUGAAAGAGAUUGUCAGCUCGAUUUAUUACAGCGUCGUUUAUCUUUUAUGUUACACGAACGUAGUGUACUUUGUCAUCAAUUAGAAGAAAUGAGUAUAGUAAAAGAUAAAUCUGAACAUAAAAGUAUUAGCUUUCGGACAUAAUCGAAUAUAUUCUUAGUACUAAAAUGGUGUCCGAAAAUUGGAACAUGUAAAUGAACCAAAAUUAAUAAUAUGGAGAGAAAGAAACUGAUUUAUUUGCAUCUUUAAAGUGUGUCUGUCAUAAGCAAACAUGAUGUAAUAUAGUAUAACGUGUAUUUCAGAAGUCUUGGUUAUUAUUCUUAUUAAUUUUCAUUGUUUUCUUGCAAAUAACAGUAGAAGUUAGUACUGAAUAAUAAUAAUAAUACUUAGAAAUUCUGUGAUAUAUAUGGUGUAUAUUCUGUCUAGCCUGUCAUAUAAGAUUAACUAAAUGACUGUAAUUUCUUGAAACCGAGAUUCACAGAACAGAUGAAAAUUCCAAGUAAAAGCAUUCCGAUUUAAGAAAUCAGGCAUUCGACUACAUAGAAAAAGAAUUUUUUAAAAAUUUCAAUGUUAGAAUACGGAGCUUGAUAAGAUUGUUCAUCUCGAAGUUAAUUUUCAUUAUAAAGGGAUCACAACUAAAAAUCUAUAUACUAACCAGAGGAUAACGGACAGCUAUUUUGUUUUAGUUUAAAUCUGAUUUGUAAUGGAUAUAUAUUUAGGAUCCUAAGUGGGAUGAAAGCCAAUAACAGUUAGUUGAUUUAAUCAUGUAUUCAUACAUCCCAAUAUCUUUAUGAUUUGUGAAAGUAAAAUGUUAUGAAACACAUGUCAUUGUAUUAUAUCAAUGUAAAUCACUUUUGAUAAAAAUAAUCCCGUUAAGAUACUAAUUAAAUAAUUCCAAAGAGUUUGUCAUAUGCUUCAUUUUAUGUAAUGCAACAUAAAACCGUUUUGAAUAACCGAUUAUCUUUAUUUCAAAAUAAAGAUUUCAUUCAUUUUGUGGAAGGAUAACACGUGAAUAUCUAAACGGUUGAUUUACUGACCAGGAAUAUUCUGUGGUGGUCGGUAUUCAAUAUAGUCCUUAAACUUCGUAUAUUGUUCGUCCUGAUAACCGUCACUAGAUAAUGUCCCAUCGGUGUUAAUCAGAGGGCGAAUCCGAAGUGUUGACUAAGUUUAUUAUUGCACCACACACAGAUCACCAAAAUUACAGAUACGCUGGGCAAGCAUGAGAGAGUAGUUCCGAAAAGCAAGCGGGCAAGUGAGUGAGCGUGCAAGUCGAAUGAGCGAGCAAGUGAAUAGGAUUAAAAUGUACAUAUAUAUACAUAGUGAAAUGAAUGAAUAAUCGAAUCAAUUAAGCGACUAUAAGUAAAGCUAGCAGAAUGAAUAUACGCGUAGGCAGUAAGCAAUGCUCAAGCAUACAUAUACAAGUGCAACAAUAAUAAAGGUAUAAUGAUAUAUGAUAAGUCUUUAUUGUACGAAUGACUCUGUCUGUUAAAUGAGUUAACAAAAGUGCUUAACCAAAUUAAAUGUGAACGGACUCAAUUGCAUGUGAGCUACUAUAAUUCAUUGUAGAAUAUUUUUACAAGUCAAAUUACUUGAAGUAGUUUUACUAAUAAAUAGAGAGGAAUUUUGAUUUUUUUUUCCCAAAUCACAAAAAAUGUGAUACCUAAACAGGAUGUAAUCAUUAACUGACGUUGUUCAACUCUCUAUGUAAUUGCUGUUAUUUUAAAACACUAGUCAAUUCAGAAUCGUAUGUUUUUCAUAGGUUUUAUUGUAUACUUACACUAAAUUUAUACAUCAUACAUAGCAUUGAAGUCAUUGGUUAACUUCAGUAUUAUCCAAAUGAAAAACCAUUGAUAGAAUGUCAUUUAUAGUACAAACGGACGAAUGUUGAUUUGUGUUCUUUUUCAAGUAUUCCAUCUAAAAUCGUGAUCUUGUUGUAUUUUUUCUUUCAUGUUUAAACAGCAUAUUAUCUAAUGAAUAUUGUUAAAUUUAUUAAUAUUACUAUCAAAAUUAUAGAUAUGUUAUCAGUAUAGAGACAACAUAUGACCUUGUACAUGACAAGACUUUGUUUUAAUCAAAAGACAAUUUGAUUUUUAUCAAACAUUUAAAUUGAGCCCAUUUAAAUAUCUUUUCUUGUUUUAGGCAUAUCUUACUGGCAAGAAUAUAAGAAAGCAUUUCAUUGAAAAUAUAGAAACAUUAAAAGAUGAUUAUUCAAAAUACUCAUAUAGAACUGAAUUAGAUUCAAACUGCGAUACAGAAUUCACCUCUGAGGUACCUAAAAGCGUCAUCACAAAUAUAUUAAAUGAUAAAUUAGAAACAAUAUCACCAUCUGAUGAGUCUACAUUUAUGAGUAAUAAAAUUACUGGAUUGCGAAGUGAUGCGACUGACGGAUCAUGAAAUCCACAUAUAAACACUUACACUUUUUAUAUUGAGUAGAAAACUCAACAUCCAUAAAGUAUGCAGAAUCGAUAACUCCUCUUUUAUGUUUCAACUAUGUUCAAAUAUUUUAUAUUGUGUAUAGAACGAGUCGUUGAAGAAAUACAAUACAACCUGUCUUAUAAAUACACAGAUGCAUUGAGAGAAUUAUCUAAUAGCAUAUAUUCAUAUUUAUGUGGAUAUAUAGCUCAAGCUUACAAACAUAACAAAGUUUUAUCAACCUGAAAACCUACACAUACCCCACAGACCAAUAUAAUUUAAACUAGUAUCAUUCAAAAAUUUUGGAUUAAACUUUACGUCCAUAAUGUUUAUUGAUACUUUUGAAAUAUUUACCUUUAUGUAAAAUACCUAUUUUCUCUAGAUUCAUUUUUUUCUAUUUAUCAUAUUUCAUAUCGAAACUUAUUAUCUUAUUCACUACCUAAACUGGUGUUUCCAAUAAAAUAGGAAUUAUUCAGUGACUUUUUGUUAUCAUAAGUAAUUAAUCCAAGAAAGAAACGAAAUAGUAUUAUAGAAACGUUCCUUUACAAACUUUGGGGUGUAUCAUUAAUGUUUCUUUCUUCUUUUAAAAUGUGGGUAGUAAACCCAUUAAAAUAGAUUCUACAGCUGCCUUGUUAUUUGGCAUUUGAUCUUAACUAGAUAUUUUGACAUGAUAGAUUAUACAAAUAUUUUUCUAAAAUCUGGUUUAUCAUCAACAUAGUGAAUCGCCAUCAGAACGUACGAAAGACCAUACAUGUUAAAUGUUUUUAUCAAAAUAGGUAGACAGUUUUUUUAACCUUGGAGUCUUUACUGGAAUGUUUGAUGCACUUAAUGUCUUCUUCAAUGGAUUAUUUUCAUUAAAUCGCACUUAAAACCUCAUGAUUUCUUCCAGAGCUUUAGCAAAAUACUUUGUUGCUAAGUCCUCGCAUAUAUAUAUAUAUAUAUAUAUAUAUAUAUAUAUAUAUAUAUAUAAUAUCCUAAUGAGCAGGAAAAUUGUAUUUUUGGCGUAAGUCACUUCUGCAGAGGCUUACAUUAAGUCACGAAACGCCAAAAAUACAAUUUUCCUACUCAUUGGAAUAUAACAAAAAUAUAUUUAUUAUUAACUUUCUACCCGAUGUUCCAUUUACUUGAAAUUAUCAAAUCCAACCUUGGCACUAAUACUUACAGACCAUGUUUAUUGAUGAAUCGAUAAUGUUUUGAUAGUUGAUCGAAAUAAAAUUACAAAUUAGUUAGGUAAAGCAAAAUAAAGUGUUUGCUAAUUACUUCAAGUACCGUAACUAUGAUUUUAUGUUAUCCAACUGCAAAACAGCAUUAGAAAAGAAAUGUAAAUCAGGUAGUUCCGGUGAAACAUUAUUUAAAACGUGGAGCAUGAUGGGGAAGACUUCAUACUUCAACAAAGUUAGUUCAAGAUGGCUUAUAAGAUUUAUUUUGAUAACUUUAAUUCUUAUUGAUUACUUUCAGUAGUUUUAUUACCAAUAAUAGAGUAUUUUUUAUGAAAGGUUAAUUUGAAAACUUCAUUUUAGGUAUUAUAGUUAACUGCUUUCUUUUCUGAAAAAAUCAGUAAACUAAAUUUAUUUCAUUGCUUCUUGAAGUAGUUUCCUACAAGUUUUUUGACAACUUCAAGUCCUUUCUUCAUACAUAUUUAUUAUGUUUUUUGUAGAAGACUUUAAAAAUUUGGUUUAAAUAUAAUUUGUGAUAUGUUUGUGG